GCGCUUAAAAAAUGGCAUCGCCACCCAUAACCGCUUUUCCUUUAAGGAAGCGACCUCUCAACGGUCGAAGCAGAAACAAACUGAAUAGUCUUCGUCGCCGAAGAUUCAAGUCACGGUUUGCGUCCUGUCUGGUUAUGGGUUCGCGCCAUUUUACUUAACUGUUGCGAUCAAAAUAAAGACUCAAAACAAUGGCUUCACACCCGCCGCGGGACAGCUCGUCGAAGCCUUUCUCACUAUCGCUAGGCGGGGGAUCAUCAGCUUCAAAUGGACAGACCAAGAAAACCACAUUCAAUCUCCAAAGAUCUACUCGGGGAGCCGACACCCCCAGCCGAACACUUGCGCGCCGACCUCAUCAUCUCCAUGACGAUGAAUCCGACGAAGAAGAGAGAGCGCCGGUGCAUGAAGCCGUCACGGAAUUCGAUACAGAAACAGGGACCGCCGUAUCUGCAGACAAAAAGGAUGAAAAGCGCGAGCUAGUUAUACCGGUCGCAAGCAACAAUAAUUGGCGGAAUCGGCCCGGUGUCAGCCAGAAACCUAAGGGAAAGAAUCUGCUCCCGAAGGAGGUCCAAGCGAUACAGGAAGCUGCUAAGAGAGGCGAGAUUGCCGGAGAAAAUACAGAGACGGAUAGUCCGAGCAUGGCUUACGGUCUUAGUUUCGCGCAGCAGCGGAGUGCAGAGCAACAUACUCAGGGAGAGGCGGGCGAUAAGCCGAUGGAAGAUGCCGAGCCUGCAAGUGAGGAGAAACAGAAGCCGCUUACGCAAGAUGAGAUUGCCCUUCGUGCGCUUAUCCGUGAGAGUAAAGGCGAGACAGAGGGACGGUCGGAUCUUGUCAUUGAGUCUAGACCAGUGGACGGGGAGGAAGGUGGAACUGGGGGACGCUACGAUGAAACUACUUCGUUCCAGGCUGAUAUUGCUUCUCGGCCUGAGUCAGCAACACUGGAUCAGUAUAAUGCGAUUCCUGUAGAAGAGUUUGGUGCCGCUUUACUUCGAGGAAUGGGCUGGAAAGAAGGCCAGGCCGUUGGAAAGGGGAAAUAUGGUUCCUCUGCGGUUCUCGAUAAACCCCGGAUUCCUGAGCGUCGACCGGGCUUUCUGGGUAUUGGGGCGAAGGACGCAUCGGGAGGUAAGGGGGCGGAAGCGGAGCUUGGUGCUUGGGGAAAGGCUGCAAUGCGCAAAGGAGCUAGGAAAAAUGGUAAAGAAGGGGAGACCAGCACAGAGGGUGUUUAUAUGCCGGUUAUGAUGCGGAAUAAGAAGACAGGCGAGUCAAUAACAGAGGAGGAACUCACAGCCUUGCAGAAGGAGGCAAAGUCAAAGAGAGAUGAUGAUGAAUGGAAAGAACGAAGGGAUCGCAAUCUUGAAAGGAGUGGACGUGACAAAGACCGGGAUAGGGAUUACCGGCGCCGUGACUACGAACGAGACGAUGAUGAUCGUUCUGACAGGCGGAAAACGGGAUCCUCCAGGAGAGACCGAAGUCAUUCGAGACGACGAAGACAUGACGAUGACGAUGGCGACAGUAGGGACGACCGGUCCUAUCGGGAUAGAGAUCGUGACCGCGACCGUCGUCGCGAGCGCGAGCGCGAUCGCAGUCGUGAGCGGGAGAAAGACAGAGAAAGGAGCCGCAGGUACCGGGAUGAUGAUCGCUAUAGUUCCAGCAGACACUCGUCCAAUACAUCAAGCAGACAUGGUCGAGACCGUGAUCGGGAUCGAGACAGUGACCGUGACUCUUACCGGAGACGGAGGCAUGAUGACAGGUGAUAUUCCCGAUCAGCGAUAUUGUCGAAACCCUCAUUAUAGACUUGUUGAGAUACAAAUGUAUUAGAUACCUUGGAUACCAACCACCACUGUCAUUGCGGUAUAUAGUGAUGUGAAUUUUUAUCCUAUGUGAACACGACAUAAUGCUUCAUCUCCCAUGCUAAGUACCGAUGAUCAUGGUACCUUGUAAGUCGCGCCUGAUAUAACAUUCUUCUUAGUUUAUGUGGAGGGGGAAAGCGUAGACCAAACUGGGCCUAAAAGAUGGU